AUGAUCAUCAAAUUCGAAACCAAGUCCCAAAGAGUCAAGGGUUUGAGUUUCCAUCCGAAGAGAUCAUGGAUUUUGGCCAGUUUGCACACUGGUGCUAUUCAAUUGUGGGAUUAUAGAAUGGGUACCAUGAUUGAUUCGUAUCACGAACAUGAAGGCCCUGUGAGAGGAUUAGAUUUUCAUAGCACUCAGCCACUUUUUGUUAGCGGUGGUGAUGAUUAUAAAAUCAAAGUUUGGAAUUAUAAAUUAAGAAGAUGUUUAUUCACGCUUACAGGACACUAUGAUUAUGUAAGAACAGUGGAAUUUCAUCGCGAACAACCUUGGAUUAUAUCAGCUUCUGAUGACCAAACAAUUCGUAUUUGGAACUGGCAAUCACGUACUUGCAUCUCAGUCUUGCCAGGACACAAUCACUAUGUCAUGAGCGCUUCCUUCCAUCCUAGACAAGACCUUGUCGUCUCAGCUUCCUUGGAUCAAUCGGUGCGAGUGUGGGACAUUUCCGCUCUCAAACAAAAGAAUGCCAAUGUUGGAACAAGCCCUGGUGAUGAAUUUCUCAAGUUUACACAAUUAAAUCAAGAGUUUUUCAACUCUGGUGAUGCCAUGGUCAAAUAUGUUCUUGAUGGGCAUGAUAGAGGUGUAAACUAUGCCGUCUUCCAUCCAAAGUUGGAUUUAAUUGUUUCUGCCUCGGAUGACAGAACUGUAAGAACUUGGAAAGUGAGUGAUCAAAGAGCUUGGGCUGUCGACACUUUUUCUGGCCAUACUCACAAUGUUUCAUGUGCAGUUUUCCACGAAAAGAAGGACAUGAUAAUAUCUGCCAGUGAAGAUAAGACACUUCGAUUUUAUGAUAUUUCAAAAUCUCAAUUUAUCAGAAGUUACAAGAGAGAAUACGAAAGAUUUUGGAUUUUAGAUGUUCACCCAACUCAAAAUCUUAUUGCUGCAGGUCACGACGGUGGCUUGAUUGUUUUCAAACUGGAAAGAGAAAGACCAGCUUACCAAAGUGUAAAGAAUGUUCUCUACUAUAUGAAAGACAAGAAUAUGAGAGAAGUCAAGAAUGGUAAAGAUACUCCUGCUGCAAUUUUGAGAAAGUCAUGGCCAGGAGCAAGCAGAAACAUGUACUUUGACCCAACCAUGUCAUUCUGUAUUCUUACUUCUGAUCAUGAAGGAGGAACCUAUGAAUUAUUUGAAAUUAAGAAAACUUCAUCUUCCUCGGAGGAAGUUCAACUAAAGAAUCCUGUUAGAAAAGGCAAGGCGCUCUUCGCUGCAUUUGUUGGAUUGCAAAAAUAUGCAACAUUGGAUCCAAAAGAUAAGAAAGUUUUCGUUCAUAGCACACAAUCAGAUAGAACCAAAGAACUUAAUCUCACUAUUGGUCCUGUAAAGAGAAUCUUUUCCGCUGUUUCUGGUAGACUCCUUAUGACCACUGAUGACAAAGUUCAUUUAUACGAUUUGGAGCAACAAAAAGUUAUAUCCAGUGUAAAUGCAGCUGGAGUUAAAUUUGCAGUAUGGUCUGACGAUAACACCAAAGUUGCACUUCUCGGUAAACAUAUGAUUACCAUUUGUGAUAGUAAGCUGGAUCCAUUGUGCAGUGUUUUGGAAACUAUUCGUAUUAAGAGCGGAGCUUUUGACAAGGACGGAGUUUUCAUUUAUACCACCUUGAAUCAUAUGAAAUACUGCUUACCAACUGGAGAUUACGGAACUAUUAAGACUUUGGAGCUUCCUAUUUAUAUUUCUCAUGUUGAAAACAAUGCCGUAACAAUCAUUGACAGAGAAGGUGUUGUGAAGGUUAUCACAAUAGAUUCAACAGAGUAUCGAUUCAAACUUGCAUUGGCUCAAGGACGAACAGGUGAUAUCAAGAAGAUUAUUGGUGAAUCAAAAAUUCUUGGAGAUUCAAUUAUUGCCUACCUUCAACAAAAGGGCUAUCCAGAAAUUGCCUUGAGAUUUGUUGAAGAUGAGGUUACCAAGUUUAAUCUUGCUCUCGAGUGUGGUGACAUCAAGACUGCCUCUGAGGUUGCCCAAAAAUUGGACAAGAAGGAGUGUUGGAACAGCUUGGGUCUAGAGGCUUUGAGCCAAGGAGAUGUUACAGCAGUUGAGAAGGCCUACCGAAGAACAAAGAACAUUGAGAGAUUGUCUUUCUUGUAUACUGUUACCGGAUCUUUGGAUAAUCUUAAACAGAUGCUAAAAAUUGCCAACAACAGAGGAGACAUCAUGUCCAGAUUCCACAACUCUCUUUUCUUGGGUGAUGUAGAGGAAAGAGUGAAAAUCCUUCAGCAAGUUGGACAAACAACAUUGGCAUAUAUUACUGCAAAGAACCACGGAUUGGAGAGUUUGGCACAAGAAAUUAGAAACACUCUUCCAGAAGAUUUCAAAGAACCUGAGUUCGAUUUCAAGCCAUCCUUGUUCCUUCCUCCAGUUCCAAUCCUUCCUGGUGGUAAUUGGCCUCUUUUACACACUCAAGAAGUUGACUAUACUGAUGUUGGAGAAGCAGUUACUGAAUUGGAUGAAUCUCAAUUCGACCAAUUCGGAGAAGGAAUUGAAAUUCCUGGAGCUACUAAUGGUCAACCAAGUGCUCUACAACCAACAAAGAAAGCACCUGCAGUCUCUGAACUUGAUGAAACCGGUGAAGAGAUCAACGUUGACGCUUUUGAUCUUAUUGAGAUGCCAGCAGAUGCUCAAGUUUCACUCACAACAUCAUCCAAUUUUGUUGCUCCAAAUACCGGAAGAAACAUUGUAGAUCUAUGGCCACUCAACUCUCAAUUCCCUGGUGAUCAUAUUGCUGCCGGAUCCUUCGAGUCAGCUAUUGAAAUUCUUCAAAAAGCUGUCGGUAUCAAGAACUUUGCUCCUCUCAAAGAACUUUUCCUCUCCAUCUAUGCUGGUUCCAACCUAUUGAUGCCAUCCACCCCUAAUCAACCAAGUAUUUACAUUCCACUUCAAAAGGGCAGAAAUGAAAAUGAAAGAACAAAAGAUACUGCUCUUCCAAAGCUUGCCGUACCUUCUCUUUCUGAUUUACAAUUGCAGCUUAAGGAUGCACUCAAGACUUGCUCUAAUCAAAAUACCAUGCAAGCUGGUGUGGAUAUGCUUCGUGAGAUUAUGCGACAACUUUUAUUUAUUCCAAUUCUGACAAAGAAGGAUGAAAGAGAGGUGAAAGAAACACUUUCCACAUGCUGUGAAUAUGUCAUUGCUUUUAGAAUGGAGAUUCAACGAAAGAACAUUCAAGCUUCAGAUACCAAGAAAGCAGCUGAACUUGCUGCCUAUUUUACAAGAUGUAAAUUGCAAAAUACUCAUAUCAUGAUUGGUUUGAACUCGGCAAUGGCUGCUGCAUUCAAGCUUCGAAACUUUAACACAGCCGCAGCAUUUGCAAACAGAUUGCUCAAGUUAGGCCCUCCAGAGAAGAUUCAAAAACAGGCCCAAUACGUUGUUGAUGAAAAGCAAAAGAAUCCAACAGACGAAGUUACUUUGGAUUACGAUGACAGAAAUCCAUUUGUAGUGUGUAACAUUUCUCUCACUCCAAUCUAUGCCGGCAGUGACAAAAUCGCUUGCUCGUACUGUGGAGCAUCAUAUUUACCUAAACAUGAUGGAGAGCUGUGUACAAUAUGCGAAAUGGGAACAUGUGGCAAGAAGACCAUUGGUCUCUACCAAUACGCAAAUUCCUUCAAGUCAGCAUCGAUGCAAGAAGAAGAAUUUUAA